GUGAUAUUGUUUAGUGAUUUCACAACACUAAGCUCGAACUUAAUUGGCAGGUGAUAUUUUUCCAGAGCAAAAGUGCUCCCCCAUGACAGUGAGGCGGUGGUGAUACAGACACUCCCAUUGCUAUCUCGAUCCUCCUUGUUUCUACAAUUCUCUACAAAUAGAGCCUCACAGCUGAUGGUUAAGAUUCUCCCACCACUCCCACAACCUUUUCCUUCUUCCUUCUUCCUUCUCUCCCUCUCCUUUUCUCUCACACUGAUCCUUUGCCAUUUGCAGAGUGUCUGUGUGAGAGAAUUAAACACCAUCCUCUGCUCUCUCUCUGACAGUUUUGAUUUAUCAAAGAUAAAGGCCCUGCCUUUCUAUCCUUCUUCUCUCUUGGAUUGGAACCACCAUCUCUAAACAAUCUAAAUUCAACGAAUUUGACACACACAAAAAUCUUAAUGGGUGCUCAAUUUUCGUAUUGCAUCACUCUCCUCCUCCUCAUCAUUGCCAAAGGGGUCACCGGAGCCACAUUCACAUUCACAAACAAGUGUGACUUCACAGUAUGGCCAGGAAUUCUAGCCAGCGCCGGCACCCCUAAGCUGGACAGCACCGGCUUCGAGCUCGCCAAAGGCAGCACCCGCUCCUUCCAAGCCCCGACAGGAUGGUCCGGCCGCUUCUGGGGCCGAACCGGCUGCAACUUCGACGGUUCGGGCCACGGCUCAUGUUCGACUGGCGACUGCGGUUCGGGCCAGCUCGAGUGCAACGGAGCCGGAGCUGCACCGCCAGCCACUCUGGCCGAGUUCACACUCGGCUCGGGUUCUCAAGACUUCUAUGACGUCAGCCUGGUUGACGGUUAUAACUUACCUAUGAUCGUUGAAGGGAGCGGGGGAUCCGGUACGUGCGCGUCCACGGGCUGCGCUACGGACCUCAACCGUCGGUGCCCCGCCGAGCUCAAAGUCGACGGCGGCGGCGCGUGCAAGAGCGCAUGCGACGCGUUUGGGAGCCCGGAGUACUGUUGCAACGGCGAUUAUGGGUCACCGUCCACGUGUAAGCCGUCCAUGUACUCGCAGCUGUUUAAGUCCGCGUGCCCCAAAUCGUACAGCUACGCUUACGACGAUGCAUCCAGUACGUUUACGUGUACGGGUGCUGACUAUACGAUCACAUUUUGCGCUUCUCUUCUUCCAAGUGUAAAAUCCGCAACAGAUUCCUCUUCACAAACAACUGAUGGUUCAGGGUCGGAUUCCGGGUCGGACUUACUGGCCUCAUCGUUGCUUGCAGAUUUGGCCGCAGGGGAUUCAACAAGAACCCAACCUUCCAUGGCUCUCCUAAGCAUGUUGGUUUUGGUCAUCUCUUUGGCCCUCUCAUUUUCACAGUUAUAGUAGUAGACAGGCAGCCACUCAUGUCCCAAAUGAGUAUGAGUCCACUAAUUGGCAUCCUUGAUCUUGAGAGUCCUAGAAAAAGCAGCAACAACAACGCCCACUUCCAAAUCCCCCCAUUUUUAGCAUUCAAUACUUACACAUAUAUUAAUAUAUAAAGCAUGAGCAUUUGUUUAGAAAUAAAAAUGUGCUUUUUUGCCCCUUGUUAUAUGUUUAAAGAACAAUACUGGGAGACCUAAUGUGAGGGGUGGCCUUUGUAAUAGACGCCCCUCACAGUAGGUCUGACAAAAAAGUUACUCGGGACUCACUUGCGCAAGCACUUUUCGAUGCAAACUUGUAGCGUGAAUAGGAAGUAUGUGGUGAGCAUUCAUGAUUGGACAGCAGCGGUGCUUGUACGUCUCCAAUUUUGAUUAUUACAGCCUGAAGCCAAAAAAAAAAAUGCGAUUUCAAUUGAUAACGUCAAUUCUGAAAUGGUUCAUGUUUUGUGUUUGUUAGAAGAUCCUAAAACAUCAUUAUAAUUGCUAGUAAGAUAAGCAAACCAGACUACAAAAGGCCAACGCAAGUAUGAUCCAAAUUGCCGCCCUAUGACAAUGAGUUGCUUGGAGCUUGACAUCCUGGACAUAUAUAUGCAUACAAAGAGGUGAUUCUUCACCAACUUGAGUGGGAGAGAACCACACAAAGCAAGCAUUACAAAGACAGGAACAAACCAACUUUUUCUUCGAGAUAAGAUGAUGAUUGAUAUUUGAUCAUGACUGCGGUCCAUUUUCAAUGGUGGUGCUUCGUAAUCCAUCUUUUCAACAUCUUUUCACCAUCUGUUGUUCAUUUGAUAAAAAAAAACAGUAGAAAAGAAGAGAAAUGUGAACAUAACAUGUUACCUUAAAACAAUUUUACCCAUUUUGGGUCAUCCUUGUAGAAAAA